CAGUCUCUGAGCUCUUCCUGUUCUUUGCGGGAGUUGAGUUUAGUUUCGCUGUUUUGAAGAGAUUCUAAACUUCAUCACCAACAUCCGCAGAUGUCUGUGUGUGACUUGUCCAUCCGGCCGGUCAGUGCAGUGGCCUGGGCCUCCAACACCUCCACCUGCCCUGGGCACUUUACCCUGAUCGGUCAGACUGAAGACGGAGCGUCCGCUAACUUCAGCCGAGGGUUUGUGAAGUCGGGCUAUUUCCUGUGCUACAGUAAGGAUCUGUCUGGUGCGAUGGUUGUAGCAGAUGUGCAGGUGAUCACAGAUAAAGAGACCAUUCCUCACGGUUACUGCUACAUCCCGGAAUACCUGGAGCAGAAGGCAUCAGUGGGCAAGAAGAAGCGCGUGUGUGUGCGCAUUGUUCCUGUGGGCAGCGUCACCACAGCGGUUCUGGACCUCAAACUGACCACCAAACAUAAGAGUAUGGUGCAGCAGUACACCUGCCUGGGGGAUAUGAACGGUUUCGUGGUGUGGUGUUUGAAGGGCCCGUUCUCCCCUCCGGCUCCGCAGGCCAAACCGCGGCGGGUCAGUCUGGAUAUCCGCAGCCUCUCUCUGGAAGGACCCGCACCGCCACAGCCUCUUAAACCCAGUAAUCUUCCUGAAGCUCCACCGAAGAUCAGCCGGCGGCGCAGUAAACUGGAUCUGCCAGCAGGGGGAGUGUGUGACAGCAGCGUCUGCAGCAUCAGCGCGAUGGAUGGAGUUCCUUUCACUCUACACCCAAAGUUUGAGUCUCGGUCAUCCAGCACAAAGGUGUCUGGCAUCACGCUGAGCGACAUCCGCAUUAAAUCAGUGCAGGACAUCGAGAACGAGUAUAACUACACUUUCACAGUGGAGGAGCUGGCGGCCAAGAGGAUCCGUCCAUCACUGAGCGGCUGAAUCACCUUCAUCAUCAUCAUCAUCAGACUCUGACUGCUCAGACAUCUCCAUUACUGUGUGUGCAGAUCAGUCUCACACUACUAGGGUCUCUCUGUCUUUGUUUCUUCUCGGAGUUCUCUGAACAUAAAGGGUUUUCUGCAGUAAUACACACAUAUUAUACACGCACGUGUGUGUUUCUGAAUGUGUUGCAGCUUCAGGAGUUUCUGUCAGGUGAAUCAAAGAGCUCAGCGAGUCCGCUGGACUGGUUUAUAUGUGCAUGAUGUGCUGUUUCAUCAGGUUAUAUGUGUGUGUGUAUCUGUCAUGGGUGGAGGAGGUUAGUGUGUAAAGGGAAAUCAUUAAACCCUGACUAAAUGCCAAUCUAAAGUGAGUUUCUCUCUUGUAGAUAUUUUGAAGAAUGUUGAAAACCAGUAACCAUUAACUCCCAUAGUAAGAAAAAUAUAUAUACUAUGGAAGUCAGUGGUCAUCUUUAUUUACAUUUUUAAAACUAUCUCCUUUUGUGUUUAACAAAAAA